UGAAGCGGUGGUUAUCUUUUAUCUAUGCAUGAAGCCUUCCGUUUCAAUUUAUCACAUUCAUUCAGAGUGUAUCUUUGGUGUGCAGUUUCGGCGAAUAAAGAGACAAAAUCGGAAGCCGAAUAACCCGUAGAUUCCAACGCCCUAUAUCUCUUUCUCCUUCUCUCUCUCUGUGUGCACAUUCUCUAUACUGCACACUAAAUUCACACACACACCACUCGCCGUAACUACUCCAUUCAUUCCGAUUCUCAAAGAUCCCUUCAUUCUCUCACACAAUGAGCCGCUACGAUCCAAACCCUUUCGAAGAAGAAGACCUUCACGUCAAUCCCUUUUCUGAUGGAACAGCCAAAGGACAAGGAUCAAGUUAUGGCGGGGGAGCAUUUUACACUACAAACCCUGGAAGUGUUCCUUCUGCUACCUCAAAACUCUCACCCCUUCCUCCCGAGCCUUAUGAUCGUGGGGCAACUAUUGACAUCCCUCUCGAUAGCUCAAAGGAUCUCAAAGCAAAGGAGAAGGAGCUUCAAGCUAGAGAGGUUGAAUUGAAAAAAAGGGAACAGGAACUAAAACGAAAAGAGGAUGCCAUAGCACGAGCCGGUAUAAUCAUAGAGGAAAAAAAUUGGCCACCUUUUUUCCCCAUCAUUCAUCAUGACAUUGGAAAGGAAAUACCGAUACAUCUUCAAAGGAUGCAGUAUGUUGCGUUCGCAUCAUGGUUAGGUUUGGUUCUGUGUCUUUUGUGGAAUAUAGUAGCAGUUACUACUGCUUGGAUCAAAGGAGAAGGUCCAACCAUUUGGUUUCUAGCUAUUAUAUAUUUUAUUUCUGGUGCUCCAGGAUCCUAUGUAAUGUGGUAUCGCCCCCUUUAUCGCGCUAUGAGGACAGACAGUGCUUUGAAGUUUGGCUGGUUCUUUGUCUCUUACAUGUUGCACAUUGCCUUUUGCAUUUUUGCUGCAGUUGCUCCACCAAUUAUCUUCAAAGGAAAAUCUCUCACAGGUAUUUUGGCUGCAAUUGAUGUGAUAGGCGGCAGUGCAUUGGUUGGGAUAUUCUACUUCAUCGGGUUUGGAUUUUUCUGUCUCGAGUCACUGAUGAGCGUCUGGGUUUUUCAGCAAGUAUUGAUGUACUUCCGUGGAAGCGGCAAGGCUGCAGAGCUGAAGCGAGAGGCAGCCAGAGGGACAAUGAUGGCAGCUCUAUAACUUGGCAUUACCAAAUGUGUUCACCAAUGUUAUACCCCAAAACCUUUAUUUCUUCAGUUACUAAUUUCCCUGCACUUUUUCCGCCUUUCUUAAUACUUGGAUGUUUUUUCCUGGCUGCUGGGGCUAGGGUUGAGUUAAACUACACAAUUAAAGAACUCACAUAUGUUGUGCAUAUAUAGAAAACAUUGUUUGAGAUUGCUCCCUCAACCCACUUCUUUUCCCAUAGAAUAUUUUUAUAACAAAUGGUUCAUCAAUUCAAACGAGUUACAUGUUCUGCUGACAUGACGCAAAGCAGACCAAGGUCUUCAGCAUAAGACUUUACUCGCUAA